GUAUGGCGCCACUCACUUGUCCAGGCUCGUUGUGUCGUAGAGGAGAAUCGAGUUUUUCGGAAUAGUUGUACACCAUCUGUGAACACAAAUAGUGGUUUUCUUAUUUCACGACUCGUGUUGCUCGCUAGUUCUGAGAACGACUCUGGAAAAUUCUAGAAUCCCUCGAGUAUCGCUACAAUCGAUAGAUUCAUUCAGUUAUUGCGACACCUUGAUACACUCGACAGAGAAUUUCCACAGUUUGUCCCUUCGACAUCCGAAAAAUGUCUCUCUUCGGAGGUAUGCUGGGAGAUCUCGAGGAUGACCCUAUUUUUGGGUCUCACAUGCAAUCCAUGCAACACAUGAAUAGCAUGAUGAACUCACUGUUCAGCAACCCAUUUGGAAUGAUGGGGCCAGCUCUGAUGGGGCCUGAGCCUCGUGGACGUCAUCGCCACAACCAGAUGAUGCCCUUUGGAUUCGGAAUGCCAGCAUUCAAUAUGAACGACAUGUUCUCUCAAUUCCAGGAUAAUAUGGGUCAGGAUCCAAAUACUCACGGAAUGUCCUCCACUUCAAUUAUGACUUACACCAGUGGCCCAGAUGGGCGUCCUCAGGUGUAUCAGGCCUCCAGGUCCACUCGGGCUGUUCCGGGAGGAAUAAAAGAGACUCAAGAGACUGUUUAUGACUCUCGUUCUGGCACCAAGAAAAUGGCUAUUGGACAUCAUAUUGGGGAGAGGGCUCACGUCAUUGAGAAACAGAAGAAUCUGAAUAAUGGAGAUGAAGAGGAACAUCAUGAGUUCGUUAAUCUUGAUGAGGAAGAGGCAGACAAAUUCAACCGGGAAUGGGAACAGCGUGCCCGAGGUUCACGUGGACAUCGUAGUGAUCGUGCACUUGAGCAUGGCUCACAUCACAGAAAACGCUCUGAGCCAAGGCGUCUGGCCCUCACUGACGGUACUUCAAGUAGUCAUCAAAGUAGUCGUUCAAGGUGGGCACCAUCUGCGAGAAGAAGCAUAAGACCUAGUUUCAAUAUUGGUAGCACCUCCAGUACUGCAGAUGGAGAGACAAGACCAAAAACGCCAGAGGCAUCAAGCAGUCGUAAACGCGAACACGAUGUUGAGACUGAGACAACUCAUAAGCGCCACAUGUCUAAUAGUCAUGAUUAGUAACAUCAGUUGACGUUAAUGAAGUCUCCAACAUUAAUUCAAUGGCUCGAACUAAAAUAAAUGUGAAAGCUUUACAAUAUUACAAUCGCCACUUGGCGUUAUUUAUAUUCUCCAGUACAAGUAUUUCCAUAAAUAUCAAAUGUAGUUAUUGUCGAUGGACAUAGCACACUCUCGCAUCUUCAGCGUCCGUCGAUGUGUUUAAGCAGAAGCAGAUUAAUUAUGUUUCUGUCGAAUAUUAAUGAGUAAUUGAAGGGAAAAAUGACAUAAAAUAGAAAUCUCAUAAGUUAGCAUAUAUUUUUGACAGAGGCUCCGUUACAUCUCGAUGAAGCUGAAGUAUUAGAUAAAUUAAUGUUCGAAUGGAGACUAUUGAAAAAGGGAGAUACACAUAGGAUUUUACUUUCGUCCCACUUGUAAACAUUCAAUUUUCAUAUUUUAAGAAAAUAUAAUUCAUGACAAAUAA